AAGUAGGCACUGACUGAAGUAGCCGUUGCCGUUUUGUUUUGACUGAAUGCCGAAGCAAUGGUUUCGACUCGUGGUUUUGACUAAAUUUUAUAGUUUUUUGAGUGUUUUGUGUUUUGCUUUUGCUGUUUUAUUUCGCCUUUUUGUGGUAUCUGUAGAAGUAGGUACCUAGAUAAAUGUCUUUCGAAAAGAGCCAUACCUAUGAAGCCCUAAACCGGAUUGGCAGGGGUGCCUAUGGAACUGUGUACAAGGCCAAAGACAAGAAGACUGGCAACGAUGUGGCCUUGAAAAGGGUGUGUGUGCCCCUGUCUGAAGAUGGCAUUCCCAUGAACACUCUGAGGGAGAUCUCAUUGCUGAGACAGCUCAACACCCAUGACCAUCCCAAUAUUGUGCGCUUGCUAGAUGUCUGUCAUGGGCAACAGAUGGAGAGAGAGCUCAUCAUGUAUCUGGUUUUUGAACAUGUAGAGCAGGAUCUGUCGACGUACAUCGAGCGUCACUCGAAGGGCUUCAGUGGCGUGCAGAUCAGGAGUCUGUCGCGGGAGAUUUUGAACGGGGUGGACUUCCUGCACAGCAACCGCAUCGUGCAUCGCGACCUGAAGCCGCAAAAUUUGCUGGUGACGCACGACGGUCACAUCAAGUUGGCCGAUUUCGGGCUGGCCAAAACCUACGAUUUCGAGAUGAAGUUGACUUCUGUGGUGGUUACAUUAUGGUACAGGGCUCCGGAAGUCCUGUUGGGCCUGACUUAUGCCACUCCUGUGGACAUUUGGUCCAUCGGUUGCAUCAUCGUGGAACUGUAUAGUCUGAAACCUUUGUUCUGUGGCGAAUCUGACGGAGAUCAGCUCAGCAAAAUAUUCAGGGUGUUGGGCAAACCUCCAGAAAGUGAGUGGCCAGAAGAAAACAUUUCGAUAAAAUGGAACUCCUUCAAUGUGAACAGUCAAAUAAGUAUCGAUCGAAUUUGUCCAAAUAUAUGUGAAACGGCCUACGACUUGAUAAUGAGUAUGUUGACUUUCAAUCCAAAAAGAAGAAUUACUGCCCUAGAAGCUUUAAAUCACAGAUUUUUUCUGGAAGAACCAAUCAAUACGUAAUUAAUGAUUAUAAUAAUAUUUUGAAAAGUGUGUCUUUACAGUGCCUUACAUUUUGACUUUGUAUUUUGUGGAACCGAAAAUUUAUUCAUAAUUUUACAAUGAAUAAAACCAGUUUUUCCUUC